AUGCUAAGAGCAAGGUGCAUCGUAUUCUGCAGACCUCUAGUCAGAUACUAUGCUUCGGCUCCAGGGCCUCAUGCACUUGUGUUCCUCGAGCAUCGCGAGGGAGUCAUAGACAAUGGCUCGCUCUCAGCUGUUACGGCGGCACAACAGCUAGGUGGCCAGGUCACUGGCCUCGUUGUGGGAGGGCCGGAGCAGGUGAAGGACGUGGUGCAGAAAGCUAAGAAGUUGAAGGGCAUUAACGCCGUGCUGCACAGCUCAUCUUCACAGUAUACUGUGCCUGUGGUCGAAAACGUCUCUCCGCUGCUGGAGAAACUGCUUGCGUCCGGCUCGCCGUUCACGCACGUCGUCUCCGCCCAUUCGUCAUCAGCCAAAUCCCUCCUUCCCCGCGUUGCUGCGAAGCUCGAUGCUCCCGCUGUCUCAGACAUCACGUCGCUCGAGCACGAUAGCGCGUCCAACGCGACGACUUUCACACGUCCAAUCUACGCCGGGAAUGCAAUUGCAACCGUGCGUGCACCCCCUUCCAUCCCUCUGAAGUUCUUCACGGUUCGCUCCACCGCCUUCUCUGCCGCCCCGACGGAGGAAGGGUCAGAGGCCGAGGAUAAGGCUCUUGAACCCGUUGAAGUCGCAGACCCUACUGUGCUACACAUCAAGACCGACUUGACCAAGUCUGAUCGCCCUGAACUCGGUGCUGCCAGCCGAGUGAUUUCCGGUGGUCGUGCGCUCAAGAAUGCGGAGACGUUCAAUGCGACGUUGGAACCCCUGGCGGAUGUGCUUGGGGCUGCCAUUGGCGCGUCGCGCGCAGCGGUGGAUGCGGGCUAUGCGGAUAACUCAUUGCAGGUUGGACAGACGGGCAAGGUCGUAGCCCCUGAGAUGUACAUGGCGAUUGGUAUCUCCGGAGCUAUUCAGCACCUUGCAGGCAUGAAGGACUCCAAGCUCAUCGCGGCAAUUAACAAAGACCCGGAUGCUCCGAUAUUCCAAAUUGCAGAUGUAGGCCUUGUCGCAGACCUAUAUGAAGCAGUUCCGGAGCUGGUUCAGAAGUUGAAGCAGACGCAGUGA